GGCGGGGCUCGUAAACAGAGAAAUCUAAAUAAAGGAUCGUGCAGAAAUUUACUCCAAAGUAUCUCACUUUUCUCGACAAGUAAGAGGUAAAUCUCGUGUGAUGCCGAUACGCCGAGCAGCAGCGACUCCAACCCAGGAGAAGGACCCCUCCGCUGCUGCAGAAAAAGAGCCUGAAGCUUCCUCAGAGGAGUCGCCCUCUGCUGACGAGGAGCAGGCAGCAUCUUCAGCUGCAACAGCUGAGGUGGAGGAGGGCGAGGGUGAUGGUGUGGGCGAGACGGAGCCCUCGGAGAAUGGAGAGAAGGCUGAUGAAGGAGCCGAGCCGGAGAAGGGAGGGAAGGGGACAGAGAAGAAAGAUGACAAAUGCAAGGACUGCGCGGCUGGACAGUGCGCAACACACUGCUAUGUUCUCCUACUAAGGUUGAAAGAUGGCUACAAGUACGAGAAAUCCAAAGUCAAGAAGGUGAAAAGGACGAUUCCUGCGUGGGCUAGUGUCAGUGCCAGCAAAAAACUUCCUGUUACCAACUUUGCAGGCACUCACAACAAAGUGGAUAAUAUCCUCAUUGAAGCUAUUACGUCUUCUAAUGACAAGUCUGGAGUUUCAUACCAGUCUGUCAUGAAAUAUAUCGUCAAAAAAUACCCAGGCAUGGAGCUUGACAAGAAGAAGUUUCUCAUCAAGAAAGCUAUGAAGAAACAUUUGGAGAAGGGCACAAUUAAACAGCUGAAGGGUAAAGGCCUUUCAGGAACCUUCAUCAUUGGGAAGCAGUCCAACCUGUCUAAGAAAUCUGUUCAGAAGCAGGAGUCUCUGGGAGAUGCUCUUCCUCUCAUCAUCACUCGGCUCUGUGAGCCCAAAGAGGCCUCCUACAACCUGAUCAAGAAAUACCUGGAGCAGCACUUCCCCAGCCUCAACAUCGAGAACAGGCCAGAGGUCCUAAAAACAGCUUUGGUAAAAGCAGUAGAGAAAGGACAACUGGAGCAGAUCACUGGGACAGGAGCCAGAGGGACUUUCCAGUUGAAGCGGACUGGGAACCAGGUCCUUCUGAAGGGCAGCACCUUGGAGGACGCUAUCACAGCCGCCAUCACAGCUAUGAAUGAACCUAAAACCUGCAGUACCAACACUCUACGCAAAUACCUAUUAGACGCCAACAAGGACAGAAAAGAGUACCAGUUAGUGGCCAAUCUGAGGAGGACCCUGACGAAGUGUAAAGUCCUAGGAUGGAUGGAGCAGAUCACUGGUCAUGGCUUCACAGGGACCUACCAGCUCUCGUUCCCUUUCUACCCCAGUCCUACCAUCCUGUACCCAGACAAGUUCAAAGAGCUUCAGAAUAAAAACACAACAAAACCUGCACCUCCAGCCAAGCGGAGGCGGGUGGCUGACUCCUCUGACGAGGAAGAAGAAGAGUCAGAAUCGGAAGAGGAGGAAGACGACUCAGUGGACGACCCUCCCUACCGUAAGAGGAAAUAUCAGAAGAGGCCUCCAACCAAGGCGCGCCGUCCCCCACCUACCAAGAAAUCUCGGACCGCUAGUCAGACAAAAGCUAAAGGCAGGGGACAUGCCCUCGCUAAGAAGUCUCCAGCCAAGAAAGCAGUGUCUUCAGCCAAGAGAUUGGGAAAGAAACAGUCAUCCUCCAAGAAAGAAUCCAAGGCGCCAACUAAAGCCACACCUGUAAAGAGAGGAGCUCCUGCGAGAAAGCCCAAAACGCCAGCAGUUAAAAAGCUGAACAGGAGGGCGUCUAAGCGACCUGUUUCCAGAGAGUCAUCCCCUGAGGAGGCUGUAGUCACAAAAGAGACUCCAAAGAGCGGGUCCAAGCGAUCUAAACGUACAGAGUCGACCCCUGCGGAGCCCACAGUUAAAAAGUCGGUGACCAAAAGUGGAUCCAGUCAGCCCGAGUCUGAAGACUCGUCCAAUGAGGAACCUGCAGUCAAAAAGUCGGCGGCGAAAAGUGGAUCCAGUCAGGCCAAACCGGCAGGGUCCAAGCGGCCUGUAGUCAAAAGAGGGGCGAAGAGCAGCAAGCAGUCCACUCGUAAGUCCAAGAGAGGGAAAUGGUGAGCCCAGGAGUGCCUUCCACGAACUGGGCCGCUCUGAAUAUGCAGCAGUCUGCCGCUUUGCUUCAGUGCUCUCUCUCUUUUUAUCAUUGUUUUCUCCCUUUUUAAUGGGACAGUAGUUUUUUUUUUUUUUUUUUUUUUUUUUUUUUUUAUUAUUUCUAUCGUAAAAUAAGAACGUUAUCCUAUCCUAACAUUAAGUUUACUGUACAUUGAGAGUUUCUGAAUUUCCUUUUUAAUCACCAUGUGUAGAGAAGCUCAGUUAGUGUUGCCGUUAAAACAGAUGUGUUACCAGCUGCCAGCUCUGGAAACCAUAGCAGGAUCCCACAUACUGUAACUAGAGCCAUGUAGUGACUUCUGUUUUUAUAUCUCUUCCUUAUCCAAUCUGUAGGUGUUGGCAGCACACAUUCCUAAUAUCAUCUGAAGUGAGAUAUCAGUGUUUUGGAGGGUUGAAAUUUCCAUUUUAAGUUGAAAUGUGGGUUAAAAUGUUUAAACGGAUACUAAUGAUAUUUUAUAAAACACAGAUUUUAAGGUUGUUGUUUCUGUGUCCUGGACACAUUUUUUGGCCACACAGCACUGCAUCAGAAUUUGAAUUGUUAUCCAUAUUUGUCCAUGACUUAUUUGUUUAGUCCUGCUGGUGCCAGGUCGAGGACUCAACAGAGGACAAAACACUAUGUUGGUAUUCAUUUCAAAAUGAGGCAGAUUGGGUAAAAAGUCAUUUUUUGAUAUGUGUGUAAAAAGGCAUAUACAUGAAUCGAUUUUAUUGCUUCACAGUUGUAAUUGAGUACAAAACUGUAAGAAAUGUGUGUUGUGAAUAAGAAAAAGAAGGAUAAUAGCUCAUACAUACCCUGCAUGCAUGUAUUCCUUGUGUUGUUAAGCUUUUUUUCCAAGUCAUUAAUAAAAUGGCUAUAUUUGUAAACUUGCUGAUAAUUUAGUCAUUUAAUAUAGUGGGUAAACAUAUACAAUACAACACAUUCUUCAUGAUUCCAGAACAGAAAGAAGUUUAAGUACUUUUUUAACUUGAUAAUUAGCACAAGAGAAUAUAUGGGUUUAAUCAUUCUACAGAGAACUGCUCUUCCCAACUGUGGGGGGUGCUGCGACAACAGGAUUUUUAAAUGAUUAACUGAAAGAUUUAAGUGAUUCACCAGAUUUAACUAUUUCACUUCCUGGAAGUUCACACAAUAACAGUCUGUAAUGUAUAGGAAUGUGUUGCAUUACUGUCCAAACCAUAUGUAACAAUGAAAGUCCUUUCAGUUUGAGUUCUCAGGUUCAAUCUUCAGAAGCUGGACUGUUGUUUAGGUGGAGUAUUUGUUUUUUUUCCAACUUUGUUUAGACAAACAACAGAGACAUCAUAAUAGCCUUGCAUGUUUAGGUGGGGUUGUUGCAAAUGCAAUCCCAUUAUAUGUUCUCAGGUUCAAAAAUUCUUUAUUACAACAUUUUUUUGACUCCUAUCUGCUAGAUGCUUCAAACUCCAUUCAGAUUAUGUUCAGCUCAAUUAGGACAUUAUCGGAUGUAUUCAUUUUUUUGAUCUUUUUCAUACUUGCCAAAAUAUUUCAGUUUUUUCUGACAUUUUUUCCCAUUAAGAUGAACGGACAAUGUUCAAAAAUGCCAGUUGUCAUUUAUACUUUAAGGCAGAAACUCCAUUCAAAGGUCAAAAUGUUUGGAAACUUUCAUUAAUUUUUGGUUGUACUCAACUUUGAAAUCGCAUUCAUAGUUUUUACACAGUGAUGGUUCAAAUUUAAUGAACGUUUCAGCUAGAAUGGGUGGCAUCACACAGAGUGGGGAUAAGUUCAACUAUUCUGAAAAAUUUCUGUUUAACUCAUCUUCAUUUUCACAUAAUGCUUGCAUCAAUACACCUUAGAUAUUUAAUUGUACACUAUACAUUCUUGUAGUUUUUUUAACUUACAAAUGAGUGUAAAACUAUCUACUGUUUGUUUGACAAAUAGUCACUUGUUCAUUGAAAUGACAAAUUUUUGUUCGCUUUAAAAAACAAAAACACAAAAUUACAAUAUGUCAUGUUGUGCUGUCUUAACAUAAAACUGCCACAAUUUUAUGUUUUUACCAACUUGCUAUUAAGUCGGAGGGUAUGUCCCUACUUGCUUUUAGGCUACUUGUAAUACUUUUAAGUAGGAUUUUGAAUGCACGACUUGAAAUAAAGUA